UGGGCAGUAUUUAAUCCACAGGCACAUUUGCAGCCCCAGUCACAAGCCAGGCUCCUCCUGCUGCUUGGAUUCCGCUCAGGGAGCGUGGUAGGAAGUGAUUCCCUGCGCUGCUGCUGCUGCUGCUGCCCUUGGAGUGUCUUCUCCCCAGGUUUUGGCUCUGUGUGAGGCAGGCAGGUCUCCUCCCUCCGAAUUACUCCAGGUGGGCCAGGCUGGACUGAGAGCAGCCCUUCUGCAGACUCCCCCAGGAUGAGUUCCAUGCUGAGCUCGGCCCUCCGGGCCCUCCCCGUGUCCUCAGCCUGGGCUGCCGGGGCCUUUGCUCGGUCGUUCAGCUGCUCCUCACAGCUCCAAGCCACAGCCCAGCCCAAGACUAAGAAGACCCUGGGCAAAAGUGGGGUGAAGAAUGUGGUGGUGGUGGAUGGCGUCCGCAUCCCGUUCCUGCUGUCAGGCACCUCGUACGCGGAUCUGAUGCCACACGACUUGGCCAGGGCGUCUCUGCAGGGCCUGCUGACCCGGACCAACGUCCCAAAGGAUGUUGUGGAUUACAUUGUUUAUGGCACAGUCAUCCAGGAGGUGAAAACGAGUAAUGUUGCCAGAGAGGCUGCACUGGGAGCGGGUUUCUCUGACAAAACUCCGGCCCACACCGUCACCAUGGCCUGCAUCUCCUCCAACCAGGCGAUGACCACAGGCGUGGGGAUGAUCGCGGCGGGGCAGUGCGACGUGGUGGUGGCCGGAGGGGUGGAGCUCAUGUCGGACGUUCCCAUCCGGCACAGCAGGAAGAUGAGGAAGACGAUGCUGACCCUCAACAGGGCCAAGACCUUGGGCCAGAAGCUCUCCCUGAUUUCCAAAAUUCGCCCUGACUACUUCGCUCCUGAGCUCCCUGCCGUGGCAGAGUUCUCCACCAGCGAGACCAUGGGGCACUCAGCCGACCGCCUGGCCGCCGCCUUUGGCGUGUCACGCCUGGAGCAGGACGAGUACGCCCUGCGCUCCCACACGCUGGCCAAGAAGGCCCAGGACGAGGGGCUGCUGCUGGACGUGGUGCCCUUCAAGGUGCCAGGCAAGGACACAGUCACCAAGGAUAACGGGAUCCGGCCUUCCUCCAUGGAGCAGAUGGGCAAGCUGAAACCGGCCUUUGUCAAGCCCUACGGGACUGUGACAGCAGCCAACUCCUCAUUCCUGACGGACGGAGCGUCGGCGAUCCUGCUCAUGUCUGAGGAGAAGGCCCUGGCGAUGGGAUACAAACCCAAGGCCUACCUGAGGGACUUCGUGUACGUGUCCCAGGACCCCAAGGACCAGCUGCUGCUCGGCCCAACCUACGCCACCCCCAAGGUGCUGGAGAGGGCCGGGCUCACCCUCAACGACAUCGACGUGUUCGAGUUCCACGAGGCCUUUGCUGGCCAGAUCCUGGCGAACCUGAAGGCCAUGGAUUCGGACUGGUUUGCACAGAACUACAUGGGCAGGAAGGCCAAGGUGGGAGCCCCUCCCCUGGACAAGUUCAACACCUGGGGGGGGUCCCUGUCGCUGGGACACCCCUUUGGGGCCACCGGCUGCCGCCUGGUCAUCACCGCUGCCCACAGGCUGAAGAAGGAGGGGGGGCAGUUCGGCCUGGUGGCCGCCUGUGCCGCGGGGGGACAGGUAAUGCAAUCCGCUUAA